AUGCGAGUGUCGAAUUCUGCUUCGCUGCCAACAUCCCGCUCCGCCGUCGUCACGGGCAAUGAUCACCGCCUCCGCAUCGAGCGCAAUGUUCCGAUGCCCAUACUGCGGCCCAACGAGGUUUUGGUACAGGUCAAGGCGGUCGCCAUCAACCCAUGCGAUUACAAAAUGCACCAGAGGUUCCCCUGCCCGGGGGCGGUCGACGGCUGCGACUUUGCAGGGCUGAUCGUCGGGGUCGGGUCGGAGGUGGCAGAUUUAAGAGUCGGCGACCGUGUGUGCGGCGCAGUUCACGGCUCCAAUCCUCUUCGGCCCGAAUCGGGCUCCUUUACUGAAUAUAUGCCGUCCGAGUCCGAAUUCACCCUGAAAAUCCCAGCCGGCUUGUCUUUUGAACAGGCCGUGGGGAUCGGCGUGACUGGUCUCGGGACCCUGGGCAUGGCGCUGUUCAGGACCUUGGCGUUGCCCGGCACCCUGGACGAACCGGCCACGAAGCCACGGACGGUGCUCGUGCACGGUGGCAGCUCCUCGGUGGGCACUAUGGCGAUCCAGCUUCUCCGACUGAUCGGACACGUACCCAUCACUACCUGCUCUCCCAAAAACUUCCCGCUUGUCCGAAAAUUCGGUGCCGAGGAGGUGUUUGACUACAACUCUCCGACCUGCGCCCAAGACAUCAAAGCCUAUACCAAAAACACCCUGUCCUAUAUCCUCGACCCCUUCACCGAUGCCAAGAGCGUCGACCUCUGCUACAAGGCCAUGGGCCGCGCCGGAGGCCGCUAUUGCUGCCUGGAGAUGUACCCCGAAUACAUCCUCGAGCGCAGGUCGAUAAAGGUGGGCUUCGUAAUGGGCCCUCUCUUGCUCGGCCACAAGCUCGCCCUGAGCCAGGGGUACGAGAGGGACGAGGACCCCGACAUGCGUGCGUUCGGCGUGCAGUGGUACAGGGACGUGCAGAAGAUGCUGGAUCAGGGCUUGCUGAAGCGACACCCUAUCCGGAUCUUGGGCAACACCCUCGAAGCGAUGAUAGAGGGCGUGGAGAUGCUCCAGAGAAAAGAGGUUUCGGGCGAGAAAUUGGUUGUCGCCCUGAAAUAG